GGCUCAAGUGAGGGGGUGUCACUACACCUGCAACACCACAUGGCUACGCACCUGUAAUGGGCAAUAAUAUACCCAUAUUAUAGACUAUAGACACACACAAACGUCAAAUAUAAUUAUAUACCUACAGUUGGAUCUUAUUGUUUAUAUAUUUCUUAUUUUGUUAAUAUUUGUAUACAUGCCGACAUGCUGCGUUCUAAUAUGACGCUGAUAUUCAAAUUCGUUUCCAAAAAGUAGGGAUUAUUAUUAAAGUUAUUAGUUUAUUACCUACCUACUUGAAAGUUGAAAGCUUGACAGAUUAUCAGUUGUUCGUCAUAAUUUUAUUUGUACAUAAUUUUUCUAUUAUCACCAAUACUUUAAGAUAAAUAUACCGAGACACCGAGUAAUUAAUUUAAGUAAUGGGUAACAAACUGUACAUUUAUAUUUUAAACUAUAUAAAAUAAACUACCAAACUAACUUGAUUUAUUACUUUCAUCAACUCGCCGCCUUACUCCGCACUUCCCAGACCUUCCAUCACUCUAUUAUUUUUAUCUCAUUACAUUGCAUAACGAGUUUGUUCACUUUUAUAGUUUUGCUACAGUAUAGAUACGAAAACUAUAGCGAUCGGUAAAAAUAUUAAAUACUUUUAAUUAUUUGUUGUUACACUUAGUGUAUGUGCGUUAUGUGGAUAGUGCUGUAUGAAUUGUGACGCUAAACCCUAAAUAUGACUACGGUACCACAGCUGGAAGAUGAACAAGAAAACCUCAUGGCAGUAAAAGUAGUUGACGAUUCGAAUUCGGCUGAGAAGCCAAAUUUAGAAGGGGAUUGGUUGAAUUUUUUCCUGUUGUUGUUGCUGUAUUCGAUGCAAGGCAUACCAUUUGGUUUAGCAUUGGCUAUGCCAAUAAUUUUGCAAGGCAACAAAAAUGUAUCUUACAGAGAUCAAGCUAUAUUCAGUUUUGUUGUAUGGCCGGAUAGCUUAAAACUAAUGUGGGCCCCUUUGGUAGAUGCGCUGUACAUACAAAAGUUGGGAAGACGAAAAUCAUGGCUCGUACCAGCUCAAUAUUCAAUUGGAGCAUGUUUUAUUUAUAUGGCCGGAAAUAUUGAUGAAUGGUUGCCGGAAACACGUAGACCAGACAUAAUAAAAUUGGUAUCAGUAUUUUUCUUUAUGAAAACCUUGAGCAGCAUGCAAGACAUAGUCGUCGACGGUUGGGCACUGACAAUGCUCAAAAAGAAUAACGUAGGCUAUGCAUCUACAUGCAAUGCAACUGGUCUAGUGACGGGCUGGAUGAUAAGUUAUGCAUGUUCCGUUUUGUUGACGUCAGAAGACUUCAGCAACAGGUACUUACGAACUAUUCCAGAUACGGGAGGAGUGUUCACUAUGAAAAGUCUAUUCUACGUUUGGGGUAUCCUAUUUAUAUUAUUAACUACAUUGAUUGCAAUUUUUAAAAAAGAAAAAGAUACCAGAAUAGAGGACGACCACGUAAAGCUCAACAUUGUGCAAAACUAUUCAUUACUAUGGGACAUUUUAAAACUACCUAGUAUUCAAUUGUUGGUGAUAGCAAUGCUGACCUCGAAGAUAGGAUUUGCUGCAACGGACAGUGUGGCGGUUUUAAAACUCAUUGAUGCAGGAGUACCUAAAGACGACAUUGUGUUUAUAAAAACAACAAUGUUUGUUGUAAAAAUUAUUUUGCCACUUGUUGUAGCGAAAUACACGUCUGGUCCAAAACCGAUGAACGUUUACCUAACAGCAACACCAAUCAGAUUACUUUGGAACAUUGCAUAUUUGGUGUUUAUUUAUUAUACACCGACAUUGAUAACAACAAAUGGAUUUGUUAGUAUUCCAAUAUAUUACUAUGCAUUUUUAGUAUUUAUACUAUUAAUACAUGAUAUUCUAGAUAACAUUAUGAUUGUAUCUAUAUUAGCUUUUUUCUCUCGAAUAAGUGAUUCACGUUUUGGUGGCACCUACAUGACGUUAUUGAAUACACUUUCAAAUUUUGGAGGAGCAUGGUCAUCUCCGGUCGCUAUUGGAAUGAUAGAUUUUCUAACCUUUAAACAAUGUUCUUUGAAUCACAAGAAUGAUUGCUCAACUACAAAUCUAAAAAACAUGUGUAACACAAUCGGAGGUGAUUGUGUUGUUAUAGUUAACGGGUAUUACGUAGAAACGACUGUGUGUACCAUCAUCGGAAUCAUUUGGUUUUGUAUUUUCAGAAAUAUCCUUAAAAAUGUUCAAACUAAGGGCCGUUCUUAUUGGUUGGUCAAUAUAAAUAAACCAAAAAAAUGAAAUAAAAAUAAAAAAUAAAAAUAUAUUAUGUAAAUAUGUAUGUAAGAAAUAGAAAAAAAAUAUGGUAUUUAGUAUUUUACGGAGUUUUCUUUCUUUAACAUUUGUUAACUGUAUUUCGAUCCUACGAAAUUUAAAACUUGAUUUUGGUUUUGGAUUUCCCAUACUUUGAGAUGAAAUAUUCAAUCUUAAGUGUUGCUGUUGGUUAUUAAUAUUUAUAUUAAAUAAAUAAAUAUAUUAAAUUAAUAUUGGGAUUGUGACGAUUAACCGCGAGAUUGAAAGCCGCAUGUCAUCAUUCCAAAUGAUUACUUACCUUAUACCUUAUAGCUGUAUAAACUGGCUAUGUCAACUGCCAAGAAUUAAAUAGCCAAUAUUAUCGUCGUUGUCACUAAACUGUCACCAAAUCGGAAUUUGUUAGUUAAAAACUUGUUUUUUGGUCGAAAAACCGGUUGUUGGCGAUUUGGGGAUCAGUGAAUUUGGAACAAACAAUUUUGUUACAAUAGUAGUACCUUUAAUCAAUGACAAUUUUUACUAUUUAGUAUUUACAUUGGUAUACAUUACGCAUGGGAUUAGGUCCAACCUAACCAAUAUGCGUAAACUUGAAAAUGGCACCCAUCAGGUAAACACAUUUAAAACUUAUAAGACAACUAUAAGUAAAUACCUAGAACAUAUUUUGUACUGCUUUUUUGUUGUUUAAAAUUUGAGAGUAAUAAAUUGUGCGCGCACUGUUAAUACCUAGCAAAAGUGAAUAUGGAAAUAUUAGAAUAUGUUUUUGCCAAAGACAGUGGGUUCUGGGUUUUUGUUCUGAUGCUGGAAAAACCCGUUUCAACCUAAUAACAACUAAUUACAUUUUUAAUUAUAAAUAUUAUGCUUACUAUUUUUUAUAUUAUACUGUAAUAUAAUUUUUGUUUAUAUUAUUUUUAAUACCCCGAGUCGGCGUAUAACGAAUGAUCUAUAAAUCACAAAUGUAACAAAUUAUUAUAUAUUAACACUAACUUAAAGCGUACGGAUGGCUCACGUGACAGAGCGGUAUCAUUCGGAUGUGAGAGAGGUAGUUACUGACUAUUGUUGCCGACCAUUGACUGGCACAACAUUUAUUAACAACAUUUAUUGUUGUCAACAUUUAUUAACAACACCACACAAUUUUGUACCUAAUUUAUAUUUUAUAGAUUCUACUCGUCAUUACGUGAGUGCCUAAAUUUAUUUUAUUUAAUAGGAUAAGUGAUUCUUGUUUUGGUAGUAUUUUGAAUAUUUUGUAUAACGAGUUUGUUCACUUUUAUAGUUUUACUUCAGUAUAAAUACGAAUACUACAGUGAUCGGUAUAAAUAUUUUUUGCUAUUCAGUAUUCUUACUUCUUAGUGUAUGUGCGUUUUGCGUUUAGUGUGUGAAUCGUGAAGACUAAACCUUUUAUAUUUUCUGAAUAAUUAGAGUAAUUUUGUUUUCGCUUUUAAUCUGAAAAUAUUAUAGAAAUAUAUUUAUAUAAAAUAAAACACGGUUUUCUUUCUUUAACAUUUGUUUACGAUUCUUCGAGGUUAUGAAGUUUCAAACUGGAUUUUGGAUACCAUUAAAAAUCUGUUUUGUUGUUCGUGAAACCAAGUUUCUUCGAUUUAAGAGUUGGCUAACUGGCCUAAUGAAAUACCAUAUUAUGGCAUAAACAAUCUAUAGUUAAUAUAAAAACC